AUGUAUGGCCCUUUCCCUAAUCAACGCCACGAGUGUCAAGGAAAGAGAAGACAGUAUCGACAUAUUUUGAGAAGCACAACGUACAGCAGGAGCUACCGGGAGACGAGAGCCCACCCAGAGAACCCGGCUCACGAGACGAAAGCCAGUCUCUCGCGACGCGACGACAAUGCCGCCGGACUGUGUCUUACAUCCGACGGCAUCGCCGCAACGAGCCAAAAUCCUGGCCCUGACCAUCUCAUGGGCUCCUUCCGUGUCCCCCAGAUAUGGAAUCCGCGGUUUCCUCUUUCCUCGACAAUGCUGUGCCUGCCCGUGCAUUUGCGAAAUACGUCAUUGCAACAGGCACUGAAAGAGGAUUCCGUCAAGCGCGUAGGUCCUGGUAUCCGACAUUGGAUUACAGACGAAUGGAAGACGACAGUUCAACAGCACUUUAAUUAG